AUGGCACAGAACUUAGGAGAGUUUCUGUGUGUCGGUGACUCAGUUUGUUUCUUUUCCGUGGAGACGGAAGGAUUUGCGUACAGUCUUCAGUCAAGUUCUGUACAUAGCCAUGUAUUCAUAUAUCAAAAUCAGGACCGAGAUAAACCAACAAAAAUACCAAGUGCACAAGCAUGUGAGUUUAUUGUUGGCCUGCAGAACAGGUACAAACUGAACAAGAAGUUUAGAAAGUACAAGUCGAUGGUUGCAAAUUCCGAGGGGAUCAUCCAUGAAGAUGAAACACUUCUCAGACAACACAAGAUGGCGGCUGAAGCCGAGAAUAUGGACAAUGCGCAGGAACAGAAACGGCAACUUGGUAAACGGGUUAGAUACGGUGAAAUUGUACAGUUGAAACAUGUGUUUACAAAUAAAUACAUACACACAUGUACAUCUCAAACGUCACAAGUCGAUAAAAACAACAUGGUGAUUAUGCUCCAGGAAUACAAUGCAAAAAAUGCUCAAUUUAGGAUUUUGCCCCAAUAUAAGGUCAAGUCUGAAGGUGAAGUGGUACAAAUAUACGAUCAAAUUGUGUUUGAAAGUGUGAAGUCUCCAGGUCACUUUAUACAUGCUAGUUCACCAUUCCAGAUUGACCAUUUUACAUUUGGGUCGGAAUUUAACCUUGGUGUGGAAAGAUCAGGAUUUACAUUGAUACGAUUCAGAAAACGACCACCGACAGAAUCACUUAUAUAUAUCCGGGGAGGAAACAUUAUUCGACUGUUUCACAAAGAACUGGAGGCAUAUGUUGUUGCCGAAGGUCUUUUCGAGGAUGAAAUCACAGAAGAUGUUCAUUUCCGUGUCCGAGUAAUGGACCAGCAUAAGCCGCGAACGCUGUCCCCGCCAACCUCCGGUAACACAUUCUGGGUGAUAGAAGCGGAAAAAGGAAUAUUUCAUGGUGAGAUUAUCCAAUGGGAGCAGCAGAUACGGUUACGUCACAUGACAACAAGAAAAUACAUAUGUAUCACAGCAGAGCACGAGGUUAUAUUGAUUGACAGUAAUGAAGACCCAAGAACAGUGUUCCGACUUCACAGCGUUAUAAAUGAAAGGGACGAGAUCCGAUUCGAGAGUUACUGCAGGAUCGAACAUGUUCUUACAGGAUCUUGGCUGCAUGCACUGAAAGAUGAAGAUUACAUUCGUAAACAAUUUCGUGACGAGGAAAGCUGCAACGACCAGUCAUUGAAAGGCUUAAGAGUUUCCAGCGCCCCUGUUAAACGGGUGACCGGAAGUAGUGAGAGUCAGUACGAUGACGCGUUCACAAUACAGAGAGUUGAAGAUGAGAAUAUUCGAGAAUUUAACUAUGUGGCUGGUAUGGUACCGUUCCUACAGAAUCUGAUCAAAGAUAGGCAAGUUGGGAUCACCCUUAACUCUAAAAAGACACAUCAGACUGUACAGGCAAUGGACGAACUUCAACAUUUCAUGAUUGUGGAAAAUCUGCCAAGCAAAGAAAGACAGAAAUUGAUGAGGAACCUUAGGGUGAUAGAUUUGCUGGUGAAGAUACUACAGUUUCCGCUAGAUGGCGUUGCGGAUGAACAUGCAAUCAUUCUAGUAUUCAAGGAGGCAUACGAGAUUUUGUACACGUACAUGAUCGGCAAAAGUAGAAAAAAUGCCCUUUACUUUGCAAAAUAUAUCGAGUUCUUCCAGACCCAGUUUACACAAAAGGGAGGUAUAGGUCUGAACGUUGCUCAGAUGAUUGUAGAGUUGAUAAGAGACAAGAGAAAAAUUGUUGACAGAAUAUCACAUCAUCAGAUUGACGAAUUUGUCGGCCUUCUGCAGUCAACUCAGAAUUACAGAUUUCUAGAUUUACUGCACGUGCUCUGCGUGUGUGAUGACAUUGCUAUUCCAAACAAUCAAGUGUACAUCGUGCAAAAAUGGAUGCUUGAUAAACCGAGAGGAAUAUUUUUGACAGCUAGAGGUCAGGAUAUCAACAAGCAGCCGAAUAUACUCUACAUAACAACAGAUGAUGCCAAAACAUGGUCUGCUUUGCACGACUUUGUCAAUCCAGAACACGAAGAGUAUGAGAAAGACAAACACGAUUUUCUGCUACAUCAGCUAGAUCUUUUCAUUGCUCUUUGUAAGGGUCGUAAUGAUUUUGCUAUCAACAUAAUUACAAAAGAGUCGAGGUUUCUAACUUGGGAGGAAACGUUCCUAGCUUUAAGGUCGUCAAUUUUACCAGAUGCUAUCCGAGCAAAGUACUGUGAUAUCACAACAAAUCUGUUCGUUGACAUUGGAAACAACUAUUCCGUCUUGGCAUACCCGAAUAUUUGCUUCGUAUAUGAUUAUGUUGGUUCAAAGGAUGAAGAAAAAAGUGCAGGAGAUUUUAUAAUGAAAGAGCUGGUCGCCAUCUUUCCUGUACUUCGAGACUGGAUUGCAGAGUUUUUAUCGGAGAACUUGUGCAUGUAUGCAUCAGAGAUCGGUCACAACAUGCUGAUUGAACAGGUUUUGCGACUUCUGUAUUUUCUAGUAAAGUUUGGUUACUAUAUGGACUCCGAGGAUGUUGACAAUCUACUCCCACCUUUACUAAACCUUCUUGAUGGUAGACACGACUAUCCAUUCCCUGCUAAAGACAAAGGAUACAGCAAAGAUGAAAAGAAAAAGGUACAUGCCUAUCAGAUGACAGCCAGAUUUGAGAAGACAAAAGAAACUGAGGCGAUUAGUCGAGCAAAGUUCCAGGUGCUGGAAGUGUUGGAUUUACUGUUAACAUAUCAGAGGAACUUGAGACUUCAGAGUUUUGUGGGAAAGUUCAAAAUAGCAGAACAACUGGAAGGCGAGGGAAAAACCUCAAUCAUGACACCGUUACUGUAUGACACUUUUAACCCCCACGACCAAAGCAAGAAAGCAAUCGGUGUGCAGAAGAAGGUCAACAAGGAGUUGAACGAUAUGUUCAAGCUUUCUGCCCUGUUUGACCUCGAAUUUCUUACAAAAGUUCUCAUGGACUUGUCGAUGUACAAAGACAACAAGAUGGUGCUAAAAUCCAUGACUAUCAUGAACAAGCUUUACUCGACAAAGAGUUGCAUGUUUAACAUCGGCAGUCAAGCCCAGAUAUUGCUGACACAGGAUUCUGCACGUGUGCACAGAGAGGUGUUGAAGAAUAUGCCAGUCUUGAGGAGACUUUCAAAUGCCAAAUUAGAUGACCUCCAAAUAAAAAUGAUGGGCAGCAUACUCGAUGAUCUUGCAGAGUUUUGUCAUCUACCAAUGACACCUGAUGAGCCACACCCAAUGAACCAGAAUAUUCUGAUAAGCAAUGGUGUCCUCGACGUUCUGUUUACAAUACUUGAGCAAGAUAUUGAUCCGAAACUGAUGAGUGUAUAUAGUGGUAUGGCGGAUAUAUUCAAGAAAUCUUUCUACUUGCUAAAGCUGUUAGCGAGGGAGAAUUUCAGUGUCCAGUACAAGAUAAUGGAACGACUGGACAUCAUGUUAAACGUCAAAGUUGUAGAAUCAGACCUGGCAAUCGCACUGAAAGAGGUAUUCAAUGGAAACCAGUUUACCUGCUUAAAGAUUUCACAGAAACAAAUACAGAAAAUUGUCACUCGAAUAGCAGAACUUCAGGAAAAAGCUCCAGAAUUUCUUGAUCUACUUGGUAUGGUCGUCAAAGUGUCAGGUCUCAAUCUUACCCUGAAAAGGAACCAGGCUUACGUCAUGAAGUACAUUAUGCAGAGCUAUCGAAGGGUGGCUUUUGUUCUUGAUAUGUCAAGGGAAGAAAGGAUAAAUAUACUAACAGACCCAGGUGAGAUCGCCAGGUUACGGUACUACAUUAGUUUACUGGACUUGUUAGCCGCAUGUGCUGAGGGAGAAAACAUGUUCAUAGAAUCCCUAUGUCAGACUAUUCUACCUAUCGAUGACCUACUUAUGGUCUUGAAUAGUGACAAGGUGGAUAAUGUCUUCAAGAAGCCAUUUUUGAAAUGUUUGCACCAUGUAUACAUGAAGACUGGAGACACAAAAAUGGACACUGGGGCGAGUGAGCUGUCGCAUUUUGAAGAAAUAUGGCAUUAUAUAUCGAUUGUCUCCCUUGAGAUGAACAAACUUACAGACAGCAUAAAAGCAGAUCCGGACAAGAUGGCCAUAUAUAUUAACUGUGCACCAGAGAAAAGCGGACAAGCGGCAGCACCAGACUUCGAGUCCAGUUCGUUCGGAACAAUGCUGUACUUUCUUGAAGGGGUGUUACCAUUCCUUACAUCAUUUUAUCAGUAUUUCUAUUAUCCUGAAAGACAUUCCCAUCCUAAUGAACUUGACGAGACUGACCAUAUAGCUAAAGCCGUCGUGCUAUUUGGAGAGAUUCUUGGACCACUUAUCCACAAACCACUGCACAUGAAGAAUAUCAGUGAAGCAAUUACAGUUCUUGUACCAAUAUCAAACAUGCCCAAUUCUAACAUAGAAACAAUCUUAGGACGAUGGGCGUCUGGCAUAGAAGCUGAAGACACAUCGAGUGCUAUCAGAAAGGGCAACAUCGAAUACUACUCGGAUGAAGUGGAGAUUAAUGCCAAAUUUCGAUCGUUUACUAAGAAUUGUUCUAUAGUGUUUGCCGGCCACAAUACUGUUGCUGCACAGCUUGGCUAUAACCUUGACCGAGAGUAUACAGUGUUAGGUGGUGAUGAAGAAUUACCGCUCGGUGAAGAGUUCCAAAGUUUAGUGAAAUGUUUCGUUAACCAUAACGAAAAGAAAACGGCCAAAAAGUAUGAGUGGACGGCAAAACUUAUAGAACAACUCAAAAUAUCAUCGGGAUUCACUAGAUUAACAGAACAGGCAAGACAGGAAAUGGACGAACUGAACAUUAAAUGUUUACAAAUAUUGAGGGCCAUGGUGCAUAAUGAAGAACGAAGACUGCCUGAUGACUGGCCAACAAGAACAGCGGAACCAAAAGUUGCAAAGAUACUACGAGGAAUUGGGAAUAUUCAAAAGUUUUAUGACUCCAAAGAUGCCAUGAUGAAAAUAUUACCACAUCUGGCCACACGAAAUGAACAAGUAGCGAAAGAAACUCUUGGCUUUCUCUGUGCUUUAUUGUUAAACGCCAACAGAACGGUCCAGGAGUCAAUGAUGAACUAUUUCCUGUCAACAAAGGAAGAAGUAUUUUUCAUGGCCAUACGUGAUAGAAUGUCAUGUUCAACCAAUACUAUUAAGGAAAAGCGGUCUCUUCAGGCACAAAUGGAUGUGCAGAAAAAGAAAAGCUCUACCAAAAACGUUACGUCAAGAGGUGAUAAAACAUCGGUGUCAGUUAAGGCCCUACAGCAAAUUCAAGCGUAUGAAACUGCGUUGCGGCUACAGAGGUUGAACGGAUGGAAACCAAAGCGACAUGCUCCAAAGAAUGGGCACAAAAACGGAGAGUCUAAAGACAAGAAGGAAAAGAUUAAUAAAGCAAAAGAAGCUGAAAAAGAUAAAAAGAAACAGACAAAAGCUCCAAAGACUGACAACAAAGGUAAAAAGAAACCGACUCAUGCAGAUGGGGCAGAAGUUGCAAGCACAACAAAAGAUGAUCUAGCUUUAAUCAACGACGCAUUUGAAGACAAUGAAGUGGCUGAAGUUAAAGUGGAGAUACCUGACGAAAUUGAAGAUCCAAAUCCUGAUGAAGAUGUUGAAAACGCCGAAGAAGAAAUGAUUGGUUAUAUCGAACUGGCACUGAAAGUUAUGGCCCGCAUGUGUGAUGGACAAAAUCAUACAUUACAGGAUUAUCUUAGGGAGCAACCAGAUAAUGUCAAGUCGUUCAACAUAAUAGGGGAAGUGACACAAUUUCUAAAUGUGAUUUAUUCAAACAUUACGGCUGGCACUAUUGACUUAGUAGGCCAACUGUUUGACACGAUGACUGAGUUUACCGCGGGAAACCAGGAAAAUCGCAUUGUGAUAUAUGACAACAAAAUCAUUGACUACAUCAACUUUAUUUUACGAGCUGGUGAAAUCGGAGAUUGUCCAAUAGAUAAGAUCCUGUCACUGAGAGAGAGUAUCUCGAACUUAGUUCUAGCAUUAGUUGAGGAAAAUGGUGCUGGUAAAACGCAAGUAGCAAUGGAAGUAAAAGAUUCUCUUGAUAAAAAAGCCGUUGUGAAAUUGAUGACUGAAAGCUUUGAACAUCAUGGGAUAGACAAGAAGAAACUUGCAGAAAUGAAGUAUAUUGAACAGGAAGGUCAUGUGCCUCAGCAGAAAAAGAGCAAAAUUGCUUUAUUCAAAGAGAAAAUUCUGAGAUCAAUUGGGAAUAAAGACAAUGACGAGUUUGCUGAAGAAUACGAAGACGUUGGCUAUCGUUUGUAUCUAAUACUUGCUAGAAUGGUAGACAUAGAUGUUCAACUUUUAGAAUCACUUCGGAUGACGCCGUUGCAAUUGAAGGCUUACAAUUUUUACAAGAAAAAUUGCCAGUCCAUUGAGAUAGUAAAAGAUGACGAAUUACAAAAGGCCAAUUUCCGCGUCAAGACAACGCGGGUUCUUCGAGAGGAAGUGAAAGAGAUGCUGAAAUGGAGCGUUGAUAGGUCAUCGCCUAGCAACAAAAUUCGAGACUUGAUGGCAUGGUCUGUAGAUAUCAUGAAAGAUAUUGCUUACCAAAGAAAGAUUCUUAACAACCCUGUAGCUGUCGUGCUAACAAAGGGAUGGUUGGUUUGGAACAAUUCUGUUACAAUUCUAUCCUUUGCCAUAAACAUCCUGAUGUUAAUGACAUGGAACGCAAAAGCAUCUUUAAACACAUCAGGAAUAUAUAAGAACAGUACAGCUAUUCCACUAGAAGUAAAAGAUCCUAUUCCCGAAAUUAGCAACCUUACUGCAGAUCAAUACGCACUGGCCCUUUUUGUACUCGGGGGAUUACACAAUACAUUCUGUUUCCUGGUCCUUAUAAGCUACUUUGUUGGUAAUCACCCACGACUGCCAGAUCCCAAAGCAGCAUUUCUUGAAAUCAAGGAAUGUUUAUUCGCCAAGAAAAGGGAGGAAGAAGACCUUGAUGAAGAUAAAACUAAAGAGCACGUAGCCAAGAUGGAUGCAACACUACUUAGUUUUACAACAUUUUAUUACAUCAGCUUUUUUGCCCUUUCAAUUGGUGGUACAAUGUUUCAUGGAUAUUUCUUCGCAUAUCAUCUUCUAAACAUUGUAAACGGGAACCAGCUUCUUAGUGGUGUAAUCAAAGCGGUUACACAGAACGGCCGAUCGUUGGUGUGGGUUGGUAUACUAGGAUUGUGCGUGUUUUAUCUCUACGCCAUAAUUAGCUUUGCUUUGAUGAGAAGCAUGUUUGAUCCAAACGAUUAUCUUUACUGUGACACACUAUGGCAGUGUACAUUGACAAUUAUCCGAUACGGUUUAAUUGGUGACCUGUUUGAUAACAUCAAAGCUCACAAGACAGAAAAGAAUUUCCGAAUGUUCGGAUUCGUCGUUUUGUACCACGUGUCCUUUUUCAUAUUUAUCACAACUAUUGGAUUGAAUAUCAUCUUUGGUAUUAUUGUGGACACAUUCUCCGAACUUAGAGAUUUAAAGUGGACGGCAGAAUCUGAUAUGAGGGACACCUGUUUUAUUUGUAGCAGGAACAGUUAUGAUUUUGAACAUCAUGGCAACGGCUUUGAACAACAUGUUCGUCAUGAACAUAAUAUGUGGGCGUACAUUUUCUUCUUUAUUCAUUUGGAUGGGACGAAACUCAACGAUUACACUGCUCUAGAGAUGUACGUCUUUAAACAUCUCCAGAAGGAAAAUUAUGACUUUUUCCCAUUAGACCGUGCUCUGUCCCUUGCUGCCAUGGGCCAAGAUUCUACAGAAGUCAAGAUUGAUGACUUACUCUAUCACGUUACGUCCAUAGUACAGAAACAAAAGAAAGAGGAACUGGAGAAGAAGAGACUGGAAGAAAAAAUGCGACAAGUAGCGUGGGAAGAGAGACAUCGCAUGGUUCCAAUACGAGACAGUCUUAACAUUGCACAAAACGAAGAUUACUUACUUGUAUCACAGGAGCAAGAAGAUCAAAUAUUUGAUACACUUGUAGUAGGAAGUCCACCUCAAGGUCUGUCACCAACUUACUCUCGAAGAACAAGCGUUGCUACAGCAACAAGAAGGCCAAGCGCGGCAGGAUCCGGGUACCAAACACCACUAAAUCGCCACGACAAAUACCGCCGUCGUCGAAGUGUGAGUCCUAUGGAAAAGGAUACACUUUACCGCAUUGUAAGUCCUUCUCGUGGGUACGAUGAUGACCUGGUUUCAUUAUCCGGUACACAAGUUUACGGAUGGGAAGAAAGAAUUCAUAGCCCUACGUUGUUUGGUUUAGAUGAAGAUGUCCUCGAUAUAAUUCCUGUCCCGUAUAGUCGUCGACAGUCUUUUGACAGACUUCGUAGUCCAAGAUUGAGCAUUGCACCGGGACACAGAGAAUUGCAAACCUAUUAUUCUGAGUCUGAUCCUACCCCAUAUCUACGUCAGCUUGCACAACAAUAUUCACAAGAAAGGGAAAGACGUCUUUCACAACAAUUCCCAGAUGGCCAGCCUCUGACUUUACCUCCAGAAACAGAGAGAGGGGAUACAGACAGUAUUACGUCUGAAGUUGGUCCACCCGAUACGCAGUUUUGAAUUAUGAGGCGAGAAUAAAAUAUAGACACAUAUAAAAAAUGAACAAUAAACAAUUUUCAAAAUAUUUGACAAGUUAGAGUUUUGUAAAGAACGAGCGCUAAUGGCUUGGAACAAAGAACACACAAAAUAAAAAUCUAUCAACUCUAAUAAGCACUUACCAUUGUUUUGCAUUGUAAGGCUUAUUGCUUAGGCACACAUAUCAAAGGAUUUUGCACGAUUUAUAAUAACCGUAAACUGAUUUUGAGGACGAAUAAUUUAUUUUUAUUUGAAUUUAUCUAUGUACUUUAAGAACAUGAAGCGUAUAAAAGUAUUUUAGAAAACAUUUGUAUUAAUAAGGGAUUUCCCCGUUGGUUCAUCUAUUUUAGUAAGGUGCUUGUCAAAUGUAAUAGUGUGACGUCAGCAUUAUUUCCUUUGGCCACAGUGGUGUAUUUUGUAAUGAUUUACAAAAGCAUUUUAAAAACAUGACACUGAUAUGAUACAAAUAUUUUACAGUAUUAUUGUUAUGUUAUUGGUGGCUGAUAUUUUUACUAAAUCGUAAUGAUGAUGAGGUUUUUAAAAUGCAUACUUAUCGUCUACGGCAAGUAUCUUCCCCUUUGCCCUUAGUCUUAUUUUAUUUAAUUUAACCCCCCUCCCCAGGUCUCCUGUCCUCUUACCCUGUGCCCUUUGACUUUGUGGGCCUGUUUUUCAAUCAGUUAUUUGUUUUCUUUGAAUUUCUUAUCAUGUACAAAUUAUUGCCUAUUUUCAAUCAUUUAUUUGUUUUCUUUGAAUUCUGUAUCAGUUACAAAUUAUUUUUUUUAGUGAUUAGCCUGUCCGUGCUCUGCCUUGUGUCCUGUCCUGUUCUUGUUUGGGUCUGCUUAGGCUUCUUGUCACUGGUUCUUGUUGCUGGGUCAUGUGGGGUUUGCGUUCAUUGAACGCAGCCUUUCCUUGAUGAUUUUGUUUAUCAUAUUUUAUAUUUAAUUUGUUACACCAUGACGCCUGUUUAUGAAUGUAUGUUUAUUAAUAAUUCCUCAUAAUACUCAUUUGUAAGGAAGGACAUUCAUUUUGCAGUUUCAUUUUUUUACAUCCCACAGAUGUUGAAUCGACCAGACCAUGACACAACCAUGAAACAAGUCCGAAAUCAGAUUUAUAAAAGGCACAAAUAAUAAUAGCU